UUCAGCACUCUGAAGGAGACAGCUCCCUCCCCCCACACCGCGCGUCUCCCCUUCCAUGGGUCCCCGGUUAUUGAUAACACAAUUUGCCCGCUGGGAUUCGUUCUGAUAACGUGAACGCGUGGUUUGUGAGUCGAGUGGACCAAACAAGAGACUACCUGCGCCGACAAAACAACGACUUAUUUAUAAUUUCUGCAAGUAAGGUCCUGCAAACCGGAACACACCCCUUCACUUGACAACGCGACAUCAACCAAGGCAAAAAGGUUGACUCUCCUUCUUCUUCCUCCGUCAACCUCCCAUCCACCCUAACCUAUCGGAGGUGGGGGACCCCCUGAUGAGUGGGACCUGUAUCCAUGAGACCCGCGCCCCCUCCCCUUCCCUCUCAGGCUUCAGCACCCCCAUCUCAGAGUCCCCCUACCGCCGCAUCGAUGCCGAGACCCCUGCCUGCACCCCAGAGACGGACCUGACCCCUACGCAGUGUGUCCUCCGCAAUGUGCUCUCCAUCGACACGGGUGGGCAGGUGGUGCCCGGGGGAUGCCCCCACACCUGUGGCUGCAGCCCCACCCCCAGCGAGGGGCCCUCGGGGCGCUUCGACAACAGCGUGCUCAAGCUGCACGAACACGAGGCCUGUCAGUGCGGGGGCAGCGGCGGCGGCGGGGGAGGGGCGGAGGCGGGGCUUAGCUCGGAGGCCGGGGCCGUCCGCGGUCAGUCGGAUAACAUCCGGCUCCAGCCGGGGAGCGGAGGUUUUUUGGAGGGACUGUUUGGCUGCCUGAGGCCCGUCUGGACCAUGAUCGGGAAGGCUUACUCCACAGAGCACAAGCAUCACCAGGAAGAGUCCUGGGAGGUCCCGUUCGAGGAGAUCUCGGAGCUGCAGUGGGUGGGCAGCGGCGCCCAGGGGGCCGUCUUCCUCGGGAAGUACCACGGAGACGAUGUCGCCGUGAAGAAAGUGAGGGACAUCAAAGAGACCGAGAUCAAACACCUGCGAAAGCUCAAGCACCCCAACAUCAUCACCUUCAAGGGGGUGUGCACUCAGGCCCCGUGCUACUGCAUCCUGAUGGAGUACUGCGCCCAGGGCCAGCUCUACGAGGUGCUGCGGGCCGGCCGCAAGAUCACCCCGUCCCUCCUGGUGGACUGGGCCAUGGGCAUCGCCGGGGGCAUGAACUACCUCCAUCUCCAUAAAAUCAUCCACCGAGACCUCAAGUCCCCCAACAUGCUGAUUACCCACGAUGACCUGGUGAAGAUCUCUGACUUUGGCACCUCAAGGGAGCUGAGUGAGAAGAGCACCAAGAUGUCCUUCGCUGGCACCGUAGCCUGGAUGGCCCCUGAAGUCAUUCGAAAUGAGCCAGUGUCCGAAAAGGUCGACAUCUGGUCCUUCGGGGUGGUAUUAUGGGAGAUGCUAACCGGGGAGAUUCCAUACAAGGAUGUGGACUCCUCGGCUAUCAUCUGGGGCAUUGGGAACAACAGCCUGCAGCUGCCCAUACCGGACAGCUGCCCGGACGGCUUCAAGAUCCUGCUCAGACAGUGCUGGAACAUUAAACCAAGGAAUAGGCCGUCUUUCCGGCAGAUUCUCCUUCACCUGGACAUCGCGUCCGCUGAUAUUCUCUCCACCCCGCAGGAAACCUACUUCAAGUCUCAGGCCGAGUGGCGGGAAGAGGUUAAACAGCAUUUUGAGAAGAUCAAGUCUGAGGGCACUUGUAUCCACCGCCUCGACGAGGAGCUGGUCAACCGACGCAGGGAGGAGUUAAGGCACGCGCUGGACAUUCGUGAGCACUACGAGAGGAAGCUAGAGAAAGCCAACAACCUCUACGUGGAGCUCAACGCCGUCAUGCUUCAGCUGGAGCUCAAAGAGAAAGAGCUGCAGAGGAGAGAGCAGUCUUUGGACAAGAAGUUCCCCGGUCUGUUCAAGCACAGCUCGAGACAAAGCAGCUCCACCAGCUCCAUGGACAAGCUCAUCAAGAAGAGAAACGUUCCACAGAAACUGCCCUCAGGAAAGAGACCGGAUAUCCUGAAGUCGGAGGUGAUCCUUCCCAAGCUGGACUCCUCUGUGAUGCAGGUGACCGUCCCCUCCUGCCCCAACCGGAGCUCCACCUCCCCCAGCCGCUCCCGCAGGGUGAAGACCCGCCACCGCAAGCCCGGCAAGGGCAGCAGCGGGGACCUCGCCGGCCUCAAGGCCACCCAGUCUGCUCCCCACGGGGCGGUGACGGUCCAGAACGGGGGCUCCGCUCCGGACCCCUCCGAGCACCUCCUGGACCCCAGCGCGGCCCUGCGGGGGGUCGGCCACGACCAGCAGCAGAGGCAGCUCUCCUCCUCCAGCCCCGACCUCGUCUGCUCCACGUUGGAGGCCGGCGGCCGGGGCCAGGGGGGUCCGGCGGCGGGCGGGCUGGAGAGAGGCGGGAGCGUCAGCGCCUCCGCCGUGCUGGGGGGGUCGGAGUCGGGGGCCGGCGGCCUGGAGGACCUCACGGAGACGCCCCCGCGCAGCGACACGCCCAGCGAGGACGCGGCGUCCUUCCCGUUCUCCAGCAGCCCGGACUCGCCGUGCGGCAGGGGGGUCGUGGCGGCGGCGAGGAGGGCGUCCCUGGGCAUCCCGCGCCUGCCCCACGACGGGGAGGACAAGGACGACGGGGCCGGGGCCGUCAGGAUGCCCCGGGGGGCUUCCGGGGGCGUCGGCGGUCAGCACCUCACUCCCUCGGCCAUUCUCUACAGGGCGGCUAUAUCCCGCAAACAGAGGCGUGGAGUGUCAUCAGAAGAGGAGGAGGGUGAGGUUGACAGCGAGGUUGAGUUGCCACGGAGACGACGCCCGACCAGCAUCACCAAGUGCCCGUCGGUGUCCACCUUCAGCUCGGAGAACCUGUCGGUGUCGGACGGCGAGGAGGGCCACACCACGGACCACUCCCACAGCGGCACGCCCGACGUGGUCAGCACCAACACGGACGACAAGCUGGACGACCGCAGCGACGACCUGCUGUCCCAGGAGUCGGAGAUCCCCGCCGACAACACCGACCCCACGCAGGCCUCAGACGGCCUCUCGGAACGAGAGGGGGUCCCGGGCCGGGCCAGAGCUCGGGUGGACCCCGGGCAGACUUCCAAUGAGAUGCGCGCCCUGUGUGACGACUCGGACUGUGACAGUGUGGAGCUGGAUCAGUCAGGCAGCGGAGAGCCCAGUCGCCCACCCAGUCGCCCGCCCAGCGCCGGUCCCAGGGCGUCGCCGUGCCAACCGUCAGCGCCGGCCCCGCCAGGCCCCCCCCCAGCCCCCCACACAGGCCCUUCGUAGAUUUGCAGGACACCAGGCGACAACCUAAUCUACCUUACAGCUGAACAGCCUCCACCACCACCAGUGUCCACCCGUCUGUCAGUCUGUAGCGCGUCACCGUGGUCACGAAUGGGAGGGGGGGGGGGCAGCAUUUAGUAAAUCACUUCAUUAGCGUGUGGCAUGUCGUCAUACAGCUGGUUAAGGUGUUUAGCGAGUUUGUCAUUAGGUAUAGCGAUAAAAAGAUGACAUCAUUGUAUGUGUCAUGAAUAGAUGUCAGAUCGUUUGGCAGCUUGUGACAUCAGGUAAAUUACUUUUUUGUGUGUUUAUUAAAGGUUUUUCAGAGUUUAGGCAGAUAAUGACCCAGAUACCUUCAGCAGCUGUUCCAUGUGUGCAGAAAAAAACAACUAAAAAACAGGUGCACUCACAAAUUAUAAAGUCCAUGUCUUUUCGGCACCCCAACGCCCCCUGUGGGAGAGGCUUGGUAUUCCAUACAUCUGUGUUAAAUACUAAUAAUGUAAAUAUUAAUUACAUACCACACAUGACAAAUCUAAAUUUAUUUUAAGUGUAAAAUAGAAUUUAAGACUAAAUGUUAUGCAGCCCUAUGAACAAAUGCAUGACUACAUGUUAAUAAUUUAUGAUGUGUCUGUUUUAUAUUUUGUGAGAGAGUUUACACUUUUUUAAAUACUUGAAUUACGUUAUCAUUUCGGUUAAUGAAUAUUCUUUUGGGCACUUAACAAAAUAAUGUCAAACCGAAAAUAUUAUCUAACAGGAAAUAAUGUAAUUUUUUCCUGGGUUUGAAAUACAAUUUGCUUUUUGGGAGGAUUUGUAUGAUUAUGAAGAUUAUCUAUUGUUUAAAUUUACUGAAGGGAAGUCCGGUUAUUCCAAUGUAAUGUCAAUCCCAUUGAUGCCGUUUUUUGGUCAAGAUUUUUAAAUAACGGUUGGUAGCAUUUGGUGUUUCAGCGAAGCAGGACUGAAAUUGAAUGCUUUUAAGGUGCUGCAUGUGUUUUCUCAGUACAAUGACUUUUGGCUUCUGACUGGACCUGAAAACUCUCGACAAAAUGCUACCAACCGUCAUGGUCUUGACAACCAAAGACACUCGGGCACAUAUUAAGACUUAGGAUUGUUUAAGAGUCAUAGAUGACUAAAUCAUGUAGGCCUUAGAAGCUGAAAUAUCCCUUUACACUUCCCUAUUACAGCAGAGAAGAAUUUUGAAAAACACUGCUCCCCAGUGGUACUAGUAAAAAUGUCAAAAUAAAAGCAAAUAUCCUUGGAUUAAAUUAGAUGUAUCCUUUUUAUACAACAUUGCACAUUGUACCGGUGAAAUAUUAACUAUAUCAAAAUAUGAAUAAAUAAUGUAUUGGUAAAAAUGUGUUUGUUUAUAAUGCAUUGUUCUUGAUCCAGCAUUGAGAGUGGAAUGCAUUAUACUGUAAAACAAGAUAAAAAUCCUAUUUGGUAUGCCCAAAAUACUCUAAUUGCAUUGCCCUUGCCCACUAGUGAAUUGUGGUUAUGCAAGGCAGAUAUUUUCAAUGUAAUAAAAAGAGGCAGAUGCACAAUGAUAGCAUGUCACAUUUUUAUUUCUGUUUAAGCUCUUCAAACAAUUCAAUUGCACCCAAAUCUACAUCAGUUUGAGAAAUCGCACAAAGAAAGUUUCUUCAUACUGCAAAGAAUAAAAAAACUUUAAAAUCCGACCCAGGCAUAAAGGAUAGCAAGAAACUAGUGUUACUUUUAAGAAUCUUCUCGCGUUUCUUAAUUUAAAUACCUCAGCGUGAUUCUUAUAUCAAGACCUACACGUCUCAUGUCUUUCCCCGCCCCCCCUUGCAGCAGUCCCCAGCCCUGCAGUUAAAAAAAAUAUUUUCUCUAUUUAAAAGAAACAUUUUUCAAUGUUUUUAUAAUCCUCAUUAUCUUGUUAAUUUCAGAGAAAAGAAAAAUAUUUUUGCACACCUCAGGUCUGGCCCCCUUGCAGGAGACAUACGGGGAACCUGACCCAUCAUAAUCCGAUACACAACAAUGUUUUGUUAAAAGACCUGAUUGAGAAACAAAAUGGAUGGAAAUACAGGAAUGACAAAGUUCUCAGCUUAGUUAUGCAGCUUAGUAUGCUCCAUUACACUGCCGCCUUCAAAUAAAUAAAUAAAGUAGGAUUAUAGCAACAACCUUCACACAAAUGGUUUCCAUA